ACGUGGGAGGCGGGAGCCUCGAGGGGCGGAGCUGUGCGUGAGCCGCCUUUGAGCAGCGUUGUGUCCCUGUGGUCUUCAGACCGCCAGCCGGCCUGUUGACGAGACUGCGGACACCGCGGUGUAAGUGCUGACUCCGCAGACCACGGUGGAGUAGGUGCGGACCCCGUUCGCGUCACGCGCGGCUCCAGCCUCGGAGUUCCGUUUACAGUCCUCGUCGCCACUGGCGCCGCCGCCCGAGCCACAGGCCUCCGCAGACCGCGGAUCCUAUGAAGGCGUGGGCCCCGCCACCGCCCUCGCGGCGUCGCUGGCUUCCCGGACCUCCCCGAACCUGCACGGGCAUGGCCGUGGCAUCAAUAUGAUCGUGGAGUCGCCGCUGGAGCCAGGGAGGAAGGCGGCGUGUGCGCCUCCGGAGGCGGCAGGCAUGCCCGAGAAGCGUCCAGACUCGCAGGUCGGUGCCAGCCUAGGGCUACAGGGUUUUGGCCGACCAAGUGUUUACCAUGCUGCUAUUGUCAUCUUCCUUGAAUUCUUUGCCUGGGGCCUGUUGACAACUCCAAUGUUGACUGUUCUACAUGAAACAUUUCCUCAGCACACAUUCCUCAUGAAUGGUCUCAUUCAAGGUGUAAAGGGCCUGCUCUCUUUUCUGAGUGCUCCACUAAUAGGCGCCCUCUCCGACGUGUGGGGCAGGAAGCCCUUUCUCCUUGGCACAGUCUUCUUUACCUGCUUCCCUAUCCCACUGAUGAAGAUCAGCCCAUGGUGGUAUUUUGCCAUGAUUUCUGUGUCUGGAGUCUUCUCAGUCACUUUCUCUGUGAUAUUUGCCUAUGUAGCUGAUGUCACUCAAGAGCACGAGCGAAGUACUGCUUAUGGAUGGGUCUCAGCCACCUUUGCAGCUAGUCUGGUUAGCAGCCCUGCCAUCGGAGCAUACCUUUCUUCAGCUUAUGGAGACAGCCUUGUUGUGCUAGUUGCCACGGUGGUGGCUCUUCUGGACAUCUGCUUCAUUUUGGUGGCAGUUCCAGAAUCUCUUCCAGAGAAAAUUAGACCUGCUUCAUGGGGAGCUCAGAUUUCUUGGAAACAAGCAGACCCUUUCGCGUCAUUGAAGAAAGUUGGAAAAGAUUCUACUGUCUUACUCAUCUGCAUCACAGUGUUUCUUUCAUACCUUCCUGAAGCUGGACAGUAUUCAAGCUUUUUCCUGUAUCUCAGGCAGGUCAUAGGUUUUGGAUCUGUGAAAAUCGCAGCAUUCAUAGCUAUGGUUGGGAUUCUGUCCAUUGUGGCCCAGACAGUCUUCCUUAGCAUCUUGAUGAGAUCACUGGGGAAUAAGAAUACUGUCCUCCUUGGCUUGGGUUUCCAGAUGCUCCAGUUGGCCUGGUAUGGUUUUGGAUCUCAGGCAUGGAUGAUGUGGGCAGCAGGGACUGUGGCUGCCAUGUCUAGCAUUACAUUCCCAGCAGUCAGUGCUCUUGUCUCUCGGAAUGCAGAGUCAGAUCAGCAAGGGGUUGCCCAGGGGAUUAUAACUGGGAUACGAGGACUGUGCAAUGGCCUGGGGCCAGCACUGUAUGGCUUCAUAUUCUACAUGUUCCAUGUUGAACUGAGUGAGUUGGGUCCAGAAUUAAAUUCUGAUGAUGAUCCCCUACAGGGAGCUUUCAUCCCAGGCCCGCCGUUUUUAUUUGGAGCAUGUAUAGUACUUAUGUCUUUUCUGGUUGCCUUAUUCAUUCCCGAAUACCGAAAAGCCAGUGGAGUUCAAAAACAUAGCAACAGCAUCAGUGGCAGCCUAAGCAACACCCCUGAACGGGGCAGUGAUGAGGACAUUGAACCACUACUGCAAGACAGCAGCAUCUGGGAGCUCUCCUUCGAAGAACCUGGAAAUCAGUGCACUGAGCUGUGACCCAGCAGCAGUAAGGGAUAUUCUACAAACACCGUCUCUGAGAGCCAUGGAGGAAGCCACACCAUAUGGAGACUUCAUGGUGCUGCAGGGGCGGUGCUAGCAGCAUCCAUUGGGCCAAGUUUAAUAAAUAACUCCCCUCAUGCCUCUGCCCCUCACUCUUGGCCUCUUGUUCAUUUUCUUCCAUUCUUUUUCUUCUUCUUUAUACAUUAGAACAAGGUAAGAUUGAAAACGCUUCCCCACAAAUAAUAUGCAACUCUCAGGUGAUCUGGAGUCCAGAUCUUGAAACUUACAUAGAAAAAGUUCUAUCUGUGGUAGAAAGGAUCUUUCCUUCAAUGACUGGAAUUAGAGUGACAGCAAUCUUUCUGCGCCCUUUUUGGUAGAAGGUAGUAUUACUGCUAGUAUUACUGCUUCGGGGCAAGAUUUCAGGUAAAGAAUCCUUUCCUUUUCUUUCUGUGAAUUAUUCCUGCUCAGUCCAUAGGAGUUGAUGAGUGGCCAUUCUUAAGAGUCACUUGGUAUCAGGGAUAUAUUGACUUUGUCCAAAGGUCAGAUGGAAACUUAGUUUGUUCUUUUAUUUCUCUACUUCCUAUGCUUGUCUAAAAUGACCAUUAUAUUGAUCAGUGAUCACCUUCACCAAAUAAAUUCAAGUUGUGUUGAACUAGCAGCUCAUAUUCUUGGACUUUGUGUCCUGAUUGGAUCCAAAGUGAUUUUAUAGAAGAGAAAUACACAUCAAGCCUGUAACCCAGCUAUGCAGAGGCUGAAGCAGGAAGAUUAUAAGUUUGAGGCCAGCCUUGGCAACAUACUAAACAGGAUCCCAUCUCAAAACAAAACAAUGACGAAGCAUUCUAGUGGCAGCAAAAAAAUUGGAGCAUAUGUCUUAGAAAAAGUUUUAAACAAUUUGGACAUUCCUGAGACAGAAUGCAAGUCGCACACAGCAGUGGAGUUUAUGUCUGAAUUCAUGCCCAUAAUGCAUUAUUUGCUCCUUCAUGCAUCUCCUAUGACCCGCUUCUGUUUUCCUCAGCCAUCACACUCCUGCCUUAACUGUUAAUGUAGUAUGCAUUUGUUUUCAGCGGAUGUAUAUCUGUUUAUCUGACUUUCGAUUCUCAUAGGAAUAUGCACAUCAAAUUCCUUUCUAAAUUAUGAGGGUUAGUAAGCUCAGUUUCACGAUGUGUCUUGCUAAUUUUUUGAGAUGUUUUAUGGACAAAGAAAACUUUACAGAUUUAUAUGUAUUUUGCUGCACAGUAAAUGGACCAUUAAUUAGGACCUAUCUUUAACAAAGCACUUCUUUGAAAGUUUUAUAGGUAUGAAAUACAUGUAGAUAUUUGUAAGGGUUUUAAUUUUUUUUUCGAUGGGGUGCUGUGUAAAUCUUGUAUUUAUAAAUGUAAUGAAGGUAUUGACAGAAAAUAUAUACAUCUUUUAUAAUGGAUUGUGUACUGACUGAAUACAUUUAAAAGAAAUUAUAUUUUGAAGCCUGUUCUGCCAUGAACAGAGAUAACAUAUCUUUUUACUAUGCUGUUGGUUUUUAGGUUAAGCUUCUUAAUGCAUAAUAAAUUUGCAAUGGAUACUUGUA